AUGGUAAUUCCUGAAGAUUCAACGAUUAAUGCGAAUACUGGAGCUCGAUCUGGAACUGGAGUGAAGAUAUGGGCAGCUUUCAAGGAGAGAUUUGACAAAGUGAAUGGAUCGAGAUUGUACUACUUGCACAAGGAGAUAUUCACUCUAACACAGGGAAUUUCAUAUGUUUCGACAUAUUUUACUAAAUUGAAGGACCUUUGGGCAAAGUAUGAUUCAAUACUGCCGCCUCCUUCAUCUGCUACUGAAUACAUUGAGCAAUUGGAAUACCAGCGUCUGCUGCAAUUUUUAAUGGGAUUAAAUGAUGGUUUUGAGCAAGCAAGGAGCCAAAUCUUACUGAUGCCAACACUGUCGUCUAUAGAUAAAGCCUAUGCUAUGGUAGUACAGGAUGAAAGUAGUAAGAUGAUUGCUGGUAAUGCCUAUGGACAAGCAGGGCACACUGAUCCUACAGCUCUUUUCACAGCUCGACCAAGAAGAAAUUAUAACUUAGAAUGUGAAUUUUGUCAUUUGAAAGGUCAUACUAAGAUUGAAUGUUAUAAGCUAAUGAAAUGUGAGUUUUGUAAUAAGACAGGACAUCGCAAGGAGAAUUGUUACAAAAUUGUUGGAUAUCCAACUGACUUCAAGCAGAAGAAGAAAGCCAAUGCAGUGAUGGUUGACACAACUGGACAGCAGGACUUGAGAAGUCCACAAGCUACUUAUCAACCAGGGAGCAGCGUUGAGACUGGUCAAUUUUUCACCAAGGAGCAAUAUAAUCAACUGUUACAAUUGUUGAACAAGAACUCUAUUGGAGAAGCAAGUGUCAACAUGGCAGGUAAAUGUUUCAGUGGUAAUAUAUCACUCUGUGAAAACUUAGAGCUAUGCAAAUGGAUAGUUGAUACUGGUGCUACUAAUCACAUGACUGGUGAUAAAAGUUUGCUAAAAAAUGAAACUUCAGUAGGGAACUCAGGACAAGUUCAACUACCUACAGGAGAUCAGCCACUAUUUCUCAUAUGGGAGAGUGUCAACUCACAGGAGGACCUCUUGUCUGGGAGGGUGAAGGAGAUUGGUAAAAGAGAGGAAGAUCUAUACAUUCUGUCAGCUGCAUUAGGGAAGAAAGUGAAUAAAGCUUUUGCAGUAACUAAUAAGGGAAGCAUGGAUAUAUGGCACAAAAGAACAGGACAUGUACCAGUUCAAGUUCUCAGAAGAAUUCCCAGUCUACAAGAGUGGGCUUGGGUGUUUCUCAUGAGGCUUAAAUCUGAUGUUAUUGUUUUGCUCAAGAAUUUCAUUGCUAUGGUUAAGACACAGUUUGGCAAGAAGAUCAAAGUUUUUAGGGCAGGCAAUGGUGGUGAAUUCUUCAAUAGUGCUUGUGAAGAUUUGUUUCAGUCACAUGGAAUUAUUCAUCAAAGUUCCUGUCCUUAUACUCCUCAGCAGAAUAGAGUUGUGGAAAGGAGACACAGGCACAUACUUGAAACUGCUCGAGCAAUUAGAUUUCAAGGACAUUUACAUAUUCCUUCAUCUAUUCUGGGAUAUAAAUCACCCUAUGAACUGCUUUUUUGUAAGCCACCUUUACUAACACAUCUGAAAGUUAUUGGCUGCCUGUGCUUUGCUACUAACCUAAUAAACAGUGACAAGUUUGCACCUAGAGCUGUGAGGUCAGUUUUAUUGGGCUAUGCUGCACAUCAAAAGGGGUACAGAUUGCUGGAUUUGGAGAAUAAAGUGUUUUUUAUCAGUUGA